CUCAGAAUAACUCCUAAACGCCUCACUGAGACGCACGCGCACACUGCUCUGCUCCGCCGCGAAAGCCCCAACCGUGCUUGGAAUAUAACUAUGACUCUGGAGGAGAUCAACGGACAAGAAAACACAAUGGCAAACGCUGAUAGGGUUCAGAGUGCAGGCGCAGCCCUGGAGGAGCUGCUGCUCGCUGCAAAGAAGCAGGACUACCUGACAGUUGGAGUUUACGAAUCCGCUAAAGUCAUGAAUGUUGAUCCAGACAGCGUGGCGUUCUGCGUGCUCGCCACCGAUGAGGAGUACGAGUGUGACAUCGCCCUUCAGAUCCACUUUACCCUCAUCCAGGCGUUCUGCUUCGACAACGACAUCAACGUGGUGCGCGUCAACGAUAUCGAGCGCCUGGCCGACCUCGUGGGCGCAGACGAGACCGGCGAGCCCAAGGACGUGCAUUGCAUUCUUGUCACGAGCCCCAGUGCAAACCCGUGGAAAGACCCCUCACUGGACAAGCUGAGUCUGUUCUGCGAGGAAAGCCGAAAUGCCUACGACUGGGUGCCCACAAUCACGCUACCAGAACGCUGAAGCCACAUCCCCUGAAGAUGCAUCGCAUGAUGAUGUUAAUGAUGAGAAAGUCAAGCAGCCACGCUUCGACUGGGGGAAGUCGAGCCUUUCUGUUUCUUGAUUAGGAGGCUGUCUGCACCUUCCUCUCCCUGCGAGAGCUUCCAGAGCGUUCUGGGUCAGCAUGCUGGUUCUGGAUUACCCAGUGAGCAGAUUGAGGCGAUGGGGUCAUGUGUUGACAGGGCCAAGUGGACACGGAGCCUGGUGGAGCUGGACUGUGAUGCGUGGUGCAAAAGAAGUGAUGAGGGAAAAGACACUGCAAACAAAGAUGCUGUGGACUUAUGAAAAUGUGGAGACUGGACUGGUCAGUCAUCACAGAGGAGCAAGUCUGAAGAUGAUGUCUGAAAAUGGACUUUUCUUGUCAGUGCAGCUAUCGGGAGGUUCUUGACACAAGAACAAGAACAUGUUUGCUUUCAAAUCCUGGUUUGAGCUGUAUUUGUGACUUUUCUACUGACUAUUUUCACCAAUUAUGCAAACAAAAAAAGUGCAAUCUCAGUUUGAAUUGUAGUCAUUUUAAAUGUUUUGUGAAUAAACAGUUGGAAUCAAACUCUU